AUGCCUUCUCGCAGAGUACUCUUGCUCAGAGUGGAAAGUCGCAACCGAGACUCAGCAGAUUCACAACAAUCGCAAUCAUGGAAUCAUCGGAACAGCGCGUGAGUGAGUGAGCAUGGCCAGCUGAUGGAUUGGCACAUCCGUUGGUCCGGAGGUUCAGAUCCGGCCACAUGAACGCUCACGAUCACCACCGUUCACUCCCAGGCUCGGCUCGAUCGCGGCCACGCCAAAUGGAAGAAAACAAGGGACCCUGUGCACAGCCCCCGGAGCGCCGAUUCAGCACGCUAUAUAA